AUGCCACCCAACGAAGCAAUUAUAGAGCAAGCGAUCGCUCAAUUGAAUCGACAAUUGAUUCCUAAAUAUGCUGAGGUUUCAAAGGAAUUCGGAAUCAAUCGCGUUACCUUGAUGCGGCGGUUCAAAGGUCAACAGGUCUCCAGAACAGAGGCAACAUCAAUCUACUGUCAGAAUCUCACAAAUACUGAAGAACAACACCUCCUAUUUCAUAUUAAUCAGUUAUCCGAUCGCGGCUUCCCUAUGACACCUCAAAUACUGCGCAAUUUUGUAUUUGAGAUCACCAAAAUGCAAUUGCAGGAGAAAAUCAAGCAGUAUAAUAUUCUACCUCAGAACACCUACAAUUUUGAUGAAAAAGACUUUCUUCUUGGCCUCCUUCAUACCCUCAAGCGAAUCGUUUCAAUAGAAGCUCUCAAACGGAAGCAUACAAUUGGAGCAGUGCAGGAUGGCAGUAGAGAAUUCAUUUCUCUGCUUGCUGGUAUUUGUGCAGAUGGAACUACAAUUCCACCUCCACUCAUUUACCAUGGGGAAUCAAGAGAUAUGCAAGAUACAUGGCUUGAAGAUUUUGAUCCUAAAAAGAAUCAGGCAUACUUCGCUGCUUCAGAAAAUGGAUGGAGUAAUGAUGAAUAUGGGUUAACCUGGCUGAAACAGCAGCGUACACCUACAUCUAUACGAGCUUUGCGAGGCCUGAUAAAGCAGGCAAGUCAACGUCACCGCCGACUUUCAGUUGAUAUUAAAAAAAUUCUCCGCGCUGGGGAGAAUAUUGCUCUGGACAGAGAGGUUCUCUUAAUAGAGAAUAAGAAUCUUCAGACUGCUCUAAAUAAUGAGAGAAGGCGACGCAAACGGGAAGCUGCUCAACGCCGUGAGGAGGCCAAAGCUGCAGCUGCAGCUAAACGUUGUAUAGAGAAGCAACGGCGAGAUGAACAGAAGCUUCAACUGCAAAAAGAGAAGGAAGAACUUGGCAAAGAAGGCACUCGCGGAGGCCUCAAAGAGGCCUACAAGAAGAUCAACAGUGGGCUCAAAACACCGUAG